UUAGACCAGGAAGAGGGUGUAUUGGUCAUGUCUUUACCCUUCGUCACAUUCUGGAACACAGGUGCCAUACUCACCGGCGUCCAACAAUCGUCAUAUUUCUUGACCUAAAAGCGGGAUUCUAUUCCAUCGACGGAAAGGUACUAUGGUGAUGUUUGGCUGUGAAGGGAAUGCCGAGAAAAUUCAUCACUGAUCAAGGUACUCACUCUAUUCGGACUCAUGCAGUUAGCAGGGUGAAAGUCUACGGAGAGUUGUCAUUUAAAGUGGUGACGACUAGUGUUGUACGUCAGGGAUGCUCACUAUCCCCAUUUCUAUUCCAUUUCAUCAUAAAUCUAUUAAUGGAAUUAACCCUAACUGCUGACUUCAGCGACUUAGAGAUUGAUUUGUUGCCAGGGAAUAAUCCCGUUGAUGACAUAGUCCUGCUCCUUGGGGAAGACCCUGAAAAAUUUCAGAGUCUUCUGGACACUUUGACGAGCAGUAAUGUUCGAACGUUUGGCAUGCUAUUCUCUCCCUCUGUCAAAUGUAUGAUGAUGCUACAGGACUAGUCUGGACUACAUUGACUCCUAGCUUAGAAAUAGGGAGUGAAUUGGUAGAGCUAGUUAACCACUUAACUUAUUUGGGAAGUUGCAUCAGUCAGCUCCAACGCGUUGAUCGCUGAUGAAAUCUCAGCACGGAUACUAAAGGCUCGUUUGGCAUAUGCGGGCCUACACCAUUUGUGGCGUAGAUGUGAUAUUCAGUAGGCUGUCUACCAAAGGACAUGUCUGCUGCUCAGUAGUUUGCUCCAUCCUCGUAUAUGAGUGUGAGUGAAACCUGGCCACUGAAAGUGGGAGACAUGAACAGCCUGGAUAGCUGUCUUUGAUCAUAGGUGCC